AUGGACGCUUGCUGGGCCUGGAAACAAAAAGCUGAGCACCGGGCUUAUCUUAUCUUAGCGCGAAAAUUCCCACACAGUCACACACACAAAGAGAUUCGGCCUCAGCGCGCGGGCAACUCCACUUUCUUUGCUGGAAAAAUUGUCCCUCCGAAGAAGUCGAGUCGCCCGUUUGGAGAGUCAACUCACCAUUCACCUCCAAAUCCCUCGAAACGCUCCUCCCCUUCUCCUCGCCGUCUUCCAUAUUACACCAUGGCCGAAGAUUCGUUCCUGCACCUCGCCCGCCCUCUGGGUCCCGUCUCUGUGGGGACCGCUCCCACCACUGCCCCUCUCAACGUGGUGAUCCAGCCGCAGGCCAUCUUCUCUAUCCUGGACCACUCGCUCCGUCGCAAUGCUGAUCAGGAACGCGUUAUCGGUACUCUGUUGGGAACACGAUCCGAGGAUGGAGGUGAGGUCGAGGUGCGCUCCGCGUUCGCCGUGGGCCACUCUGAGGCCGAGGACCAGGUCGAGGUCGACAUGGAAUACCACAAGCAGAUGCUCGCUCUUCACUUGAAGGCCAACCCCCGCGAAGUUCUCGUUGGUUGGUACGCCACUUCUUCCGAGCUCAACACCUUCUCCGCCUUGAUCCAGAACUUCUACAGCGGCCAGGGUGACGGCACCUGGCCUCACCCCGCUGUCCACUUGACUGUCUCGACCGAGGCUGGCAAGGACCUUGAGACCCGGGCCUACAUCUCCGCUCCCGUUGGUGUCACCGCUGAGCGGGCCGCCGACAGCGCCGCUUUCAUUCCCGUCCCUUACGAGCUCCGAUACGGUGAGGCUGAUAAGAGCGGUCUCGAGGCUAUUGCCAAUGCCAAGAAUGCGGAGGAUCGUUCGACGACCAUCAUGUCCGACGUCGAGGCUCUCGAGCGCGCCAUUGAGGAGGUCUUGGGCAUGAUCGACCGUGUUUCGCGAUAUGUCGAGUCCGUGAUUGACGAGGAGGCUCCCGCCUCCACCGCGAUGGGUCAAUUCCUGCUCAACGCUCUUGCUCUUGCUCCCAAGGUUGAGCCUGCGGAUAUCGAGCGGGACUUGUACGUUUCCCCCACUCCCCCAAUGCCUUCCCACGAGAUGUGGCGGAGAAGUGAACCCGAGCUAACUUUCUCUCGCAGCAACAACCACAUCCAGGAUGUCCUGGUCGUUUCCUACCUGGCCAACACUAUCCGCACACAGAUGGAGCUGUCCAACCGACUAGCGACCGCUCAGCUCACCCUUGGCGGUGGUGAGGCUAGCGGUGGUUCUGGCGAGGGCAACCAACGUAACCAGCGCGGUGGUAAGGGUGGCCGCCAGCAGCGCCAGGAGCGUACUGCCCCCGAGGAGGCUCGCGCUUAG